AUGACAAGCGCUCUAGAUCUGGUUUCGGUCAGCGAGGGCGGAUACGACAUUGAAUAUGAGGAUAGCGAUGUGAAUACCGAGCUUCAAAGCUUCCGUAUCAAAUACCGGUCCAAUUCAGUAAUUAGUUUCGGUAGUGGAAUCUCCGAGACAUCGGGUGGAUAUGAUACUCUUCCCACCAUCAAGGUGCUUGGAACCGGUGGAACCAUUGCUGCCAAAGGCGGAAGCUCUCACCAGACAGCCGGGUAUCAGGUGGAUCUCACAAUUGAAGAUUUGAUCAAAUCGAUUCCAGAUUUAUCAACAACUUGCAAUUUGGAAUAUGAACAAAUCUUGAAUAUCGACUCAAAGGAGUUUGGACCACGGGAAUUGUUGAUGCUACACAACAAGGUGAAGGCCGACUUGUCUCAGUAUGAUGCCAUUGUUAUUACUCAUGGAACUGAUACCAUGGAAGAGACGGCUUUCUUUCUUCAAAUGACCAUCAACACCUACAAGCCCAUCGUGCUUUGUGGUUCCAUGCGUCCAUCGACUGCUAUUUCAUCCGAUGGCCCUAUGAACUUGUAUCAGGCAAUUGUCAUUGCUUCCACCAGAGAAUCGCGCAAUAGAGGUGUUCUCGUGGCUCUUAAUGACACCAUAGGUUCCGGUUUUUAUAUCACAAAAUCUAAUGCAAACUCAUUGGAUACUUUCAAGUCCAUUGGCCAAGGAUACUUGGGUAGUUUUGUCAAUAAUGAGGUGCACUAUUACUACCCUCCAGCCAAACCGUUGGGUCUCAAGUCGUUUAAUUUGCCAACUUCCAUUACCCCAGAAGACUUGCCUGAAGUGCCCAUAUUGUUCGGCCAUCAAGGUCUCAAUAACGACAUCAUUUCUGUUGUGGUUCAAAAUAUGAAACCAAAAGGAUUGGUGUUUGCUACUAUGGGUGCGGGUUCAAUGGCAGACUCGACUAACAAAUUGGUUGGCCAAUAUGGGCCAGAAUUUCCAGUAGUGUAUUCCAAAAGAGCUAUGGAUGGUAUGGUGCCUACAGGCUCUCUAUCCAAACUCAAAGACGAUAAAGGAAACCCAUUGCUAAGCAAUGUCAUUGCGAGUGGUUACCUUAAUCCUCAGAAAUCAAGACUUCUUUUACAAUUGUGUCUCUUUGAGAAAAUGUCGAAUGAGGGUAUAAGAAAGGUAUUUAAAGGUGUAUACGGUGGAUAA